GUAUAUAUAUAUAUAUUGACUAUGUGUUUGUUUGCAUGUGAUUGUUAUCUGUCUGUUACAUGUGUAUACAUGUGAUUGGGACAGUCAAUUUGGCCUGUGAGAAUUAUUAUCAUUAUCCUGACUAAAGAAUUUUUUUGGGCGUGAAAUUCUGUUGUUGUUGUUUGUUUUUGCGUCACUAAGGUGGUUUUUUUUUGCUGAUUUCACUUCUGCGACAUUUUGUUUGUCACCUCUCAAAAUCUCAUCUCAGGAGUAGUAAUCAUUACAAUUAAAUUGUGAAUACAAAACCCGGGAUUUAAUUUAAUCUAAUAACAAUGAUGAUGACGAUGAUGUUGGAUCAUCAUUCCACUGAACAUCAUAAUGGUUUAGAUCCGAAAUCUGAUACAGAUAUUGGGAUAGUUAAUUCUAAUAUGUUAUGUGAAUCUAGACGACCAAGCUCUAAUAUUCCUAAAGUCAAUGGAGAUUUCACACAUAAUACUUAUCAUUCUUCACCAACAUAUGUUUAUCCACUUGAUCGACAUUCUGCUCCAGCAUCUACAAAUAAAUCAAUUUCACGUCAAGUUACACCGAAUGAUUCAUGUCAUGAAAGUACUUUACGUUUACAUGAAGAUCGUAAACUAUUCGUUGGUAUGUUGGGAAAACAUCAAACAGAAAAAGAUAUUCAAAAUUUAUUUGCACCUUAUGGACUCAUUGAAGAAUGUACAAUUUUACGUGAUCAAAAUGGAUUGAGUAAAGGUUGUGCUUUUGUGAAAUUCUCCUCGAGUACAGAAGCGGCUAACGCUAUCGAUCAUAUGCAUAAUAGUCAGACAAUGCAAGGUGCUUCUUCUCCAUUGGUUGUCAAAUUUGCCGAUACAGAGAAAGAACGUCAAGUACGCAAACAGCAUCAGCAGAGCACAACAAACGGUUCUUGUUCUCCGGCGUCAGGACAUUCUACCACGACAGGGAUGACUAAUGGUCACUUAGAUGGAUCUCAUACAUCAAUGCAACAAUACAAUCAACAACAAUCUCUUCGAAAUCCACUUGCGAAUAUCACAGAGGCAUCUAAUAUGGCGGUGGCAGCGGCCGCUGCAGCAGCCGCGGCUAACGCAUUUCAACAAUCACUUGUUGCAUCUAAUGUCCCGCCAGGGUAUUUACAAUUCCCACCCGGUUUAUUUCCUACCGCUUCAUCAAAUGCUAGCCCUGUUCCUAAUGGUUUCCAAAGUUCAGUCACUCAAUUUACUCAACAGCAACAACAACAACAGAGUCAAGUAGCUCAACAAGGAUCAGCUUCGGCUUAUUUUAAUCCUAUGGCAGCUUUUAUGGCGGCUGCAGCUGCAAUGCAAUAUGCCAAUCCACAAUUAUCAACUGGUAUAACAGAAAAUCAAUCAAGUCGUUCAACAUCUAUUCCACUACAAUUGAAUACGAUUGUUAGUCAUCCUACAAUGGGUGUUGCUCAUCAGCAUAAUCCACUUACAGGAACUAGUCAUUCGGUACAGAACGCUUCAGCGUUAGCAUCAUUGGCUGCCGGUUGUCCAGCCACUACUUUACAAAAUAAUACACUUCCUCAAUUAGCUUCAUUGUUCCCUUUGACAGAUGUUGCUCUAUUAUCUCCAGCCGCUUUAGCUGCUCUUACUCAAGUUGGCGCGGGUGCAGUUACUGGAGGUUUAUUAACUGAGGCUGGAGUGUCCGGUAAUAACGAGUUUAACAAUGCAUUUGGUACUGGUUUAUUAGUUUCUGCCUCACCAUCCACAAUAUCACCGUCAAGUUUCGCCAGCAUAGGUAAUGGUACUAGCCAAGGUCAGCAAUCAGUUUCUAUCUCUUCAUCAACUGGUAGUGUUUUACCAAAUGUUUCUCUUGGUGCAACUGCUAAUAUCUUGGUCUCAUCUCCAGGAAUGGUUACUCCGGUUGCUUCUACACCUCCUACCGUUAGUCCAGCUAUUUUACCAUCACCAAUAACAAAUGAGCCUGUAGGUUUGUAUGCAGCCGCUGUCGCUUUACAAAAUCCAACUGCAGUAGGCCAUACAAAUCCUAACGCAUUGCAAUUUCCUCAACUACAUCCAUCGUUUGCAGCUGCUGCUGCUGCCGCCGCCGCUGCUCAAUCAAUGACACCAUCUCCAAUGAACACUGCACUAAAUUCGUACUUGACGGAAAAUGCAGCUCUACAAGCGGCUGCGUUAGCUGCCGCUGCAGCCGCGUCUGGUCAGUCGUUUACAAAUGAUCCUAUCGUACAUCAACUCUAUGCUGGUCUUCAAGCAUAUGGGUUAGCUUAUCCUACUGGAGGUGGCGCAUAUACCACUUUUCCUAGUUUACAUCAUCAAGCUUUAUCAAUGCCUGUUCAACAGAAAGAAGGUACCAGAGAACUGAUAUUAACAGGUCCUGAAGGAUGUAAUCUGUUCAUUUAUCAUUUACCACAAGAAUUCGGUGAUAAUGAAUUAGCUCAAAUGUUUAUGCCAUUCGGUACAGUGAUCAGCGCUAAAGUUUAUGUUGAUCGAGCUACUAAUCAAAGCAAGUGUUUCGGUUUUGUCAGUUUUGAUAAUCAUACAAGUGCUCAAAAUGCAAUUCAAGCAAUGAAUGGUUUUCAAAUUGGUAUGAAACGAUUGAAAGUACAGUUGAAGCGUCCUAAAGGCGGUAACACUUCAUCAACAUCAUCGUCAAAUACAAAAUCUUCUCGUGAUACUACUACUACUACUACGCAUAAUGGACAAAGACAAGAUGCUGAUUUAUCACUUCCUUCACAGGACUCUAUAUAUUCUGAGAUAGUCGUAAACCCUACUGAUGAAACAGUCUCAGUCGCUCCGGUACUUGCUUUAUGAGGUGUAUGCAAUCGUUUGUUCCUCCCUAAUUUUUCUCUCUCUUUCUCUAUUCCUGAAAAAUAAACUCAACCAUUACCACACAACACAGGUUAACUACAUUUUUGUUAUCAUACUCUCUUCAUCUACUGGCUUCCAUCUUGAAUUUUAUGAUGGUAAUUACGUGUGUCCAUCCAUCUAAGUUAUGCUUUUAUUCUCUGCAUAUGCUCAAAUUUCUCCUCGUAAAUUAUUUUUGCUAACUUUUGGAGUGCAUACAUUUGUCUCUCUCUCACUCUUUCUGCCUCGCUCCGUUAUUCUUUAACAUUAUUCUUUACCAUGAAAUCUACUAUAUGGUCUAUUUUUGUUAUUACUAUGGGCGGUCAGUUUGAACAAAUAUGUUGAUCUAGAUUCUUCUUGAUUUUUUAGUUUUCUGAAAAAAGAAUGAAACUGAAUUUUCUCCGUUUUCCUUUGCUUAGAUGUUGUACUGUCUGUGCGUCUCCUCAUUCAGUUUGAUGAGUCGCUGCAAUACACUAAAAUAAACAGAAACAAAAAGACAAACACAGAAUGUAAUUGCAGCGAAAUAAGAGCACUCUUCAUUCGCAGCAUCCAUUUCAAUGGGUCUUCUUUAUCCAUUAUUUAUUGGCCAUGAACGAAAAAAGACGGAGAAAAUUGCAUUACGAUACUUGGUAUUCACCAUUACUAUUCCUUCAUUACAAUGACUGUUAAUCUAUUGUUUUCUUUAUUUCAUGCAGCCUCAGUGUUGUUUUUGUAGUUGUUGACGUCCUAUGAGUAGGUGCUUUUUCCUCUUUCUUGUUUUCCUCCAUCUUCCACGUUUUUUUCGUUCUUUCCGUUUCUGAAUAUAUAUAUGAUUGGCAGUUUGUUUGGCUCUUAUUCUUUCUCUUUAGUUCACUCUGUCAUUUAUGCAUUAUCUGCAAGAUUCAUUAUUUCUCUUUCUACUUCGAUUUUCACUGCAACACAAUAGAUAGGGAGACACACGUAUAUUGCAUAUUUUUUUACAUGAUGAAUGGAAUCCUUCUUCAAAUUUUGCUUAAUGAUCUUUGUUGUUGUAAAUGACCUAUUGUUGUCAUGACUACUGUUGUAGAGUUUUGUCACUUUUGUGCACUAUUGAGUACUUUUUGUUUUUCCAUACGGCAUAUCGUUUCAUUAUGAUUGAAUAUUUUUCAAGGAAGAAAAAAAAAGUUGAAACAUUCCGCUUACUUUUUUUUCCGGCGAUCUGGUUCUCUCUAUCGAUUUAUGCUGCAUUCGUUUAUUUGUCCUCGUCUUCAUCAUGAGUUCCAUUUUGCAUUUUUUUUUUGACAUUUUUCAUACAUUGUUGCUAAGGUGUAUGGUCUCUGACAUAUUCAUUACAUAACAAUAGCACUUCUAUUUCGUACGGUGCGUUUAUAAUUUAUACAUUUUGGUUACUAACCCACCCAUCCAUUCGUCAUAUAAACUACUUAAAUGAUCUAUUUUAAUGAAUAAAUAGUAAGUUGAUUAUCAUUAGUAUCUAUGCAAAAAUUAAAAAAAAACUCAACAAAUGAAUAAACUAGAUUGUUUUUGACGAUUUUUCCUUUUUUUUUUGUUUGAUGACCAGUUAUUUACCUCUGUUAUAUAUAUAUGAACAUAUGCAUUAUUCUUUCAACAUAUUUUUCAAAAUAUGAUUUUCAUCCACUUGUCCUUCCUACAUAUACAUUCCUUAGUUUGGUUAUAGAGAAAGAGAGAUAGAACACAUUUUAUGAGAUGAUGUUUUGAUCACACUCAUUCAUGUUAAACGCUUUUCCAUCAUAUCGAUCACGAUGGUGACGAUAAUAAUAAAGAUAAGGGUGAAAUAAAAGAGGAGCGAAAGAAAGAUAUUUGCAGUCUCAAUUUCUGAUGUUGGUGGUGGUGGUAAUGAUGAUGAUAGUGUUUGUUAUUGUCGGUAAAACCCAUAGACAUAUUUCUCUUAUUUUUCUAUACCAUUAUAUUACUUCUGAUAAGCAUAUUGUUGUUGUUUUCCUUCUUUCAUUCACUCGCGCGCUCUCUCUCUCUCUCUCUCUCCAUGUUUUACUAUCCACAUACCCUCAUUCUCUUAUCCACAUGGUUACAUGAUCCAUGCACAGAGAAGAGCUUAGAGAAAACUUUUAAUUUCACUCCUCGAAGAAUGUAGACGGGACAUUAUUAUUAUAUACAGCGUAAUGCAACAAACACACAAAUGGGAUGCUUCAGAGGAAUUAAGCUAAACGAAUGCAUUUAAAUGUAUUUUUGUGCUGUAAUUUACUAAGUUUUUGUUUUGUUGUUUGAUUAUGCUGAUGAGACUGUGUGAUUUACAUCGAUACCUCUUUUACUUCUCUUUUCUUCUGAUGAAUAUAUAUCAUACGAUUGUGCUGUUUUCAUGUAUGCGUAUGGAAUAGUCGGAUAUACACUGGACAGUAAUGUGCUACUGGUUAAUAAUGAUAUUAGAUUCAUCGGUUUCUUUUUCAUAGAUAUAUCUUCAUAAACCGUCUACUUAACCCCGAAAAUUGAUAAAUGAAUGAAUAAAUGGGCGUGUAUACACUAUGAUAUAUACAGAAAUGAGACUGGUUUUUUUUACACAAACACACAUAUAUACACAGUGUUUUAUUUCAUUCUCAGUUUUCUUUAUUACGAAAAAAAGGUACACCACUAUUGUCUCCGUCUGUUCUUUCCCCCCUCUUAGGCGUUUUUUUUUAAAAAAAAACACAUAUUAGCCAAUCUUUCUUUCCAUCUUUGAUUCUAUCAAUUUUUACUACCAUAAUGAAUAUAUAUGUAGUUUAUAAUGUGUUAUAUAUGCCUCUCAUUUAUACAAUUUCUAUGAUUCCUAUGUUGAACAACACUUUACACAUCUAUACACACAUGGAUACAAUUUUUCAAACAAUCACUUACAAGCAAACUGUACGUGAUAAUGUUAAUUAUAUAAUACUAACAACAAUACUAUGACUAUUAAUAAUAAUAAUAAUAAUGAUAAUACUAAAAAGAAUUCUUUACAAUG